AUGACUGAUUACAAGGAAGAACAGGCCAUGGAGGCGGAGGCUCUUGAAGCCAUUUAUAUGGAUGACUUUAUCAAGCUAUCGGACGACCCAUUGAGUUACCAAGUGCACGUGGUGCCGAAUCAGGAUGGCGAGGAUAACUUUGUGGAAUUACUUCUCAAGGCUGAAAUUCCAGAGACGUAUCCAGACGUCGAGCCGAAUCUUGAGGUUGUCGUGAAGAAAGGUCUGGCAGACAGGCACGUGAAGGAGAUUAAGCAGAUACUGGACAAGCAGAUUGAGGAAAAUAUGGGGAUGGCCAUGAUGUAUACACUAUCCGAAACCGUGCGAGAUUAUUUAGUGGAGAACAACCGUGAGGGAAAUGAUGGAUCAGAGCAUCAAGAGAUGCUACGUCGUAUGGAGCAGAAAAAGAAGAAAGAUGAUAAGGUGGAAGCAGACAAACAAGAUCAGGAACACGCAAAUAAAGAAGAGAAACGUGAAGUUCACGGUACACCAGUCACGGUCGAGACAUUUGCUGCGUGGAAAGCAAAGUUUGAUGCAGAGAUGCAAGGCACAACGAAAACAUCGCUCAAGGAUGAGGCCACUGCAAAACUUACAGGUCGACAAUUAUGGAAAACAGGAAUGGUUACAGAAGCUGAUGAUGCUGAAGAAGCUGAAGCUGAGGGUCAAGACAUUAUUGCAGAAAUUGAUACUAAAGAGAUCAACAAUAAUGGGUACAUAUAG